AGAUGCAAGUUGUGCAGACUUGUGUAGCUGCUGCACAGCGCCUCCUGGGCCGUGUGUGUGUGUGUGUUCACAGAGGAGGAGAGUGGCGGGGAGAGUGAGUGAGUGAGUGAGUGAGGUGGGAGCAGAGACAGGGAGCAGUCAUUGUGCGUGAAGGACCGUGACAGUCCGGAGCGGCGGCAGGAGUUAGAGGAGGAAGAGAAGAAGAGAAGGACUGUGAAGCAGACUCCUCUACCUGCUGGUGAAACCAACUAACCCUCCACGACGGGAACAUGUGAUGUGACAGAGAUUUGCGCGCCCGUGCUUCACUUGUGCCUUUGCAAACACCUUCAGGGAGUUCACAUGUUCACGCGCGUCGACGAGGAGGUCAUGUUUAGGCUCAGACGAUCGGCAGAGCCUCUCGGAGUUUGGUUGUGUGUUUCCUAGCCGUAAACACGAAGUGAGUAGACGUUUUCAAGAAGCGGGAGAAGACAGCGACACACAAGGAGCACCGCGAAUGUAGUCUUCAGAGAAAAAGCGAAACACUGUACCAGCCAGUGUCUUCCCGUGGUGGACAUCCUCCUGUGUGUGAGUGUGUGUGUGUGUCGGUGUUUUUUCUCGGGUUUAAAGUACAGAGAGGAUGCAGGUGAAGAAGCACCGGGACUCGGACCGGGGCGGCGGGGACAUGCUGGAGGGAGACGGUCCCCGGAAAAACUCCUCGUGCUUCUCAAAUAUCAAGAUAUUCUUGAUAUCGGAAUGUGCGCUCAUGCUGGCACAGGGGACUGUUGGAGCAUACCUGGUGAGUGCAACCCAAGCCGAACUCACGUACGACUUACUCACACACUGCCUAUACUGAGACCUAGACCCUGCUGCUAUACUGUAGUUCAGAUUUUAGACGUGUCUUCUCAAUAUUUGGUUUUCUAUAUGGGCUUUUGUGCAGCUUUGCACGCUUUGGAUCAAAGCAGACCAUAUAAAAGCAAUGACAGGUCAUAGAAACCUCCAUACACAGAAAAACUUCACCUGCAGGACCUGCUGCAGGCUGUGUUACUGUCUCUGUGUUUGUUCUAACUCUGUCAAACUAUCCUGAAGUUUCAUAUGAUGUGUACAUUAUCUGUAGUGUAUCAGACUGAGCACAUUAUCAAGCGACCAUCUAACAGUAACUCAAGAGCUCCGUCCAGGCUCCACUCAGCAUUAAUAGAUAUAGUGUUCUUAUGUUAAAGACUGCAGUGUUUAUCCAUUCAGACCCAAACUGCCAGUCAAGGUCAAACACAUUGGAUCCAGAUUAUGAUGGAGUUUUCUCUUCCUUUCACUUUUACUAUUACUCAAACUCAGAGCCAAUUCCACACAUUUCUCAAAAAAGUCGUCUCUUCUCUUUAAAAAACCCAAAUGUGAGCUGAUAUGGUGCAUUUGCAAUGACAUUAUCAAAAGCAGCGCAAUCUAGCCCCCCACAGUGUAUCUAAUAUGGACUUUUUGGGACAAAAGUCCCUGAAAUGCUCUAAAAUAUUUCUCAUAGCAUCCCAGAGGAGCGCCACAGCCUCAGGCAUCCACUCCCAACACUAAGUUUCACUACAAGCAAUGUUUAUUUUCCAGUAAUCGCACAGCUCACUCGCAAAUAAUAGACUAAACCCCCUGAAUGCCUUAGCCAUAUUAGGAGUGGAACAUCUUAUCUUCUCUGUUGGAGGACCUUUCAAGCAUCCAGCAUACUGCUGCACAUACAAGUAGUGAUGAUAGAAGUGGUCUUCCUCUUUUUUUCUGAUAAUUAUGGUUCUCCUUUUUUCAGGACACCUGUUUAAACACUUUGAACAAUAAAUGUCAGGUAGGGCCGGAAAUAGCUGACUUACACAAACACAUCGGGCUUUCUGACCUGCUUCCGUUCGUCAACACAGCACUGCUAAUUUCCACAGGCAGCUUAUUAGGUACCUGCUUCAGCCGCAAUCUGCUCCACCUACAUGAGCCACUGAGAUACCUCUGAUAGGAUGAUGGGGCUUAAGAGCGUUUGCUGGCAGUGAAGGGACAAAACUCACCAAUCAACAUUGUGCCCUUGCAUUGUGUGAGCUGCUUACAGCACAAGACACUUAGUCACAUUGUUCAGAUUUAUCAGCUGGACUGCAGGCAUGCAGACAGACAGUCAGUCUGCUCAGAUACCACAGAUUUCAUAUUUAGCUAAUUUAGAAAGAGGUUUUGUCUGUUCUCAUGACUUCACUUUGAUAAUUAUUCAGCUUCUAUGUUUGCUCAAGGAGUUAAUAAAUGUCUUCAUGAGUUUAAAUAUGUGUAUCUGCUGUGAAUAAUUUUCCCAGUGAAUCUUUUUCCCAGUGAAUCUUUUCAGGAGGUGGUGACUUGGUCUAAUGGACACCGAGGCGACAUCUAAUGAUCAUUUUUGUUAUUGAUUAAGCAAAUGAUAGCCUCAAUUGACUCACAGAUCAUUUUUCAACUUAAAAAAAGCAUGAAAAAACUCAUUUGCUUCUUCUCAGACCUGGAGUUAACACCUUUUUCUGUCUAAUUAAAAGUCGAUAACUCAAAACAUGAUGACAGAGAAGCAGAGAGAUUGUGUUUAGGAAUGUUUUUAAUAGAUACGCAGAUAGGUUGUACUGUCGGGAGUCCUGUCACUCCCUCCCUUUGACUGACUCCUCAUUACUGAGUCACACCCAUCAGAUUGUAAAGGUAUGAGCUCUUCUGUAUGUUCAGCCCUCAGAGCUUCUAUUUGUGGCAUUGUUAAAUGCAGCACCUGAGGGUCUGAAAUUUGUUGAUUCGAUAACAACCCUGCGUAAAAAUUAAACUUGACACUCUGAGCUUGAGCUGUGAAGCGCAACAAACACCUCGACCCGACUGUGUUUGUUUCAGCUGAACAAACCUGUCAAAAUGAAACCGCACUAAUUCAGAGAGGAAGAGAAUCAAAAGAGGAGCAACGAGCAGAAAUUGAUGUACAGAAUAGAAAUAGAUCGAUUAAUUGGGUGGCCGAUUGAUCGGGCCAAUUAAUGGCAGCAUGAUAUCAGCAUUAUAUAUCAGUCAUUGGUUCACCUGCUCUCUUACCAUUAACAUCAGCACCAGUAUCAGCUCAGUAAUAAAGCACGUCUGUGAGUUCAUUUAGUCAUUAAUAAGAGUUUAAGUCAAGAUGUUAAAAGAUUCUUGAUUAAUUCAGGAUAAUACAUAAAUAAGAUCAAUUAGUGUACUCAUCAGUGUAUUUAUUUUAGAUGUGUCAGCCUCAGGCUACUUUAGUCGUCCUCCAGCUGUUCUCUUCUCAAAUCUGAUUGAAAAUGUUUCUAAGUGGCUGAGCUUCAAGUAUGAACAGCUGCUGUGCCGUUUCAGCCCUUUCAGGUCUGAGCUGAACCUCGGUGUGCUGAAGUGAGUGUUAGCAUUGAGCUGCUUUCUCCUGCUUGAUGAUAAUGCAGUCACUGUCAGUGCCCCCUGAAAGAAACUCAGUGAAAGUUUAGAUGCCUCGUGCUCCAAAACACUGCCUCUCCUGUUAGCUGAUUGGAUGUCACACAACAUGACGAGGUUUGUUUUGUUGCCAUGCAACAGAUUAAACAUUUCCAGAGAUGGAAUAAAUGUGCUUGUGCAGCCUGCUCUGCACUCGAUUUUUCCUAUAUAAUUUAUUCUGGAUGUAAUCCUCCUGUAGGGCGGCCUGUUAGUGGAGGUGGACAAACAUGUUGAACUGGGAGACGAGGGUUUAACUCCUGCAGAGAGUUGUUUUCACUGCUGAGCCGAGAGCAGGAGCUGUCAGUCACUGCGUUGCUCAGACCUCCUGGAACAGGACAGGAUGUGAUUGAAUUGGAUGAAGGCUCAGCUGGCUCUGCUACACUUUGUUACAGCCUAUCUUUCCAUGUCGAGCUGAAACUCCGGUGUCGGCAGGUUGGUGUUGUUUCUAAGAACUGGAGGAGACCACAUUGCGACCUCAGCCGGGUGGAGCCAGCCAGACUUCCAGUGUGUUCACAUUUGUGAGAAAAAGCCAGCCAAGGGGCAGAAACGUCAUGACUCACUCUGGAGUUUUUCUAUCCAGUCAACUUUGGCAAAGCGCUCCGGCACAAACUGCUCCCACCAAUCAUCUUCCCCACGCUUUGAUGUGGAGUGAAGGAGUCACUGCAGUGUGUUCAGAGCAGCUGCAAGAAAAACCUGCUGUCACUUAAGCUUCCUAUACGCCACACAGGACAGACUCUGUCUGUAAUGACACAGCAGACAGACCUUUACAGUGCUGAGAGAGAGAAGGGUAAAAAAAGCAGAGAAUGAAUUUCAGAACUUAGAGUUUUAUCAACAGGCUGGAGGGCCAAGGGCUUCAGAAAACACAAGAGUUUAAUAUGAUUGACUAUAGCAGUCUUAACUAUUACUUUACUGGUUUUCAAUCAUACCAUGUAGCCCCAGAGUUGAUAAUAGUAGCUGAAAAUAGCUGAAAUGAACCUAAAAGACUGUCUCUAAAGAAUACUGUUGAUUCAGUGCUGCCAUUCUGUCUGGGUUGUCACAAAAAGUCAUGAACACAGAUAAAAGUUUGACGCUAAGUGAAAUUAUAAGGGGCCCAGGGGGACGUUGUUCUCUCUGCUCUGCUCUCUGUCUUCACAAAUCUCAGUGUUUGCCAAACUAUGAAUGAAGGAACGUAACAGCAUAGUGGCUGUGACUUGGAGCGAUGAGCAGCAGGCAAGAAGAGGCACAACUACAGCAGCAAGAAAACCCAAUCCAGCACCUCCCUGUACUGUGUUAAUGCGUUGAUAAGUUCUUAAAAGCCUAACUGCCUCGAACAUUAGAAUCUAACUUUUCAUUUUUUAUUUUUGCUGCAAUGUUUACUUAACAGGCACUUAUCUGAACCUCUGUGUUUAUUAACCUCUGCCCUCACUUCCAUGCUUGCAGCAGCUUCUGGUUGAAAAUACAAACAUAGAAAGCAGGUUAUUUCCAUAAGCUGUGGUGCUUCUUAAUACUAUCAAACAUUAAAAUAAUGUCAUAUGUAUUGAAAAGUAUCAAAGCAUUGAAAAUUGUCUCCAUAUAUACAUGAGAACAGAUGUGUGGCAAACUGUCUUUAAUUUAAAAAUGUAAGAAAAAAUCCUGUUCAGUUCCAUAAGUAAAGAUGUAACAGGAUACUUGUGAUCCAUUCCACGUUUUCCCCCGCAGCACCAAGCACAGCUCUUCGUCUGUUUAAACAUAUCUCCAUCCAAAGCCUCUGUGUACAUUAAAUUGGAAUAAUAUAAAAUUGGAUGGGACAUUUUUCCACAAGUUGAUUCAUGUUGAGAUGAACUCACUCUCCUCAGAAAAGGGAUGUUUGUGUUGGCAGGAACCUUUUUUUGGAGUUCAAUCAAAAGUCUUAAACAGAGCCAGCUGGGAAAUGGAAAAUUGUGAUGCCCUUUCAAGAACAGUUUGGGACAGCUCUGAAAAUAGCUUCAAUAACAUUUUAAAUGUGACACUGGCUCUCAUGCCACACAGAGACUGUUCCCACAUAGCAAACACAAGCAUAUACUGCUUCACAACAGAAUCAAUAGAUGACAUAUACUUUAAAAAAGCUAUAAUGAACUAGUUGAACUUUUUUUUUUCUCUUACAUUAAUUAAUCUGUCAUCACUGACAGUAAAACAACAAUGUGAAAAAGUCUUUUAUAUGUGGGGAAGUUACUGUAGGGAUCUGAUAGUUGUGUGGAUGACAGCUUGUGGAGGAGAAAGACGCCAUUCUUCUGGAAAACCAUGGAAGUGAAAUGUUGCUGUGCCGGCUAAUCAGAAACAGAAGCCUGUUUCCAGGGAGGAGCCUUAGUGCGGGACAUUUGAACAGCAUGUUAUUCAGGAUAUUCCACUGUAUGAGUGAUGAUUGAAACAAGCUUUAAAAAAAAGCUUUUAAAAACAAUUAAAUAAAACUUGUUUAGUGAUCUACAUCUUCUCCAUGACGGUUAGAGAUGGAGUGAUUAAUCAAUCAGCCGAUUAUUCGCCUAACUGUAGUCUUCUUUGCCCCGUCCUCCACAGACAAUCCAAGUUAUGGCAUUUCCCUUUAUUUAAAUUUCUUAAUUUCUCUCACAGCAUUUUGCUAAACAAAUUCAUUAACCAAUCGUCAUGUGGACUGUACACUGUGACCCUUAAAUAAAGACCAGUGUUAAACUUGCAGCAGGGCCUUUCAAUUAUUGGCUUUUCACUCUCAUCCUGACAGCACUUGUUUCUACCUACAUAUAUGAUGAAAGGGAAAAUCUGUCAGUUCAUGACAGAUGUGAUACUUCAUAUGAAUGGAUACUGGCUAAUUCUAAUGUAUGCCAACCAUACCGGCAUGUACAGACACUUUUUCCUCUAAAACAUUGUCUUUUUUUGAUUGUCUGCACAGAUUAGGCGGGAGAAAAGGCUGCACAAUCCUUUUUUAAUGGAUAAAGGCGCUCACUUUGUACUAAAAUAUGAUGAGUUUUAUUCAUCAGAAUGGUGCAAAGGUCAGCUUUACAUAAAGGCCAGGUACCAUCAGCAGUAAAGGCUGGUUUAUGUUGUGCAUAAAAAGAUUCAUGUCACACCAUAUUUGUAUGACCUGAUACUAUAAAUCUGUUUUUAUUCACUUGCAUUUUAUGUGUAAAUAAAAUAGUCUAAUAAAUAAGAACAAGACAACAUUAAAAUAUGUAUCUGUUUGAUCAUUUUCCAGUCAGAAUGUGCUCAAACACACAUUUUUUAUUAUCCUGAUAGACUUAAAAGUAUAUGGAUUUUAUCCUUCAUUGAUGAUUUCACAGCCUCUGGUUCUUGUUUUGUAUCUCUCUCUCAUUUUGACGAUUUUGCAUUCUUCCUCUUCUCUAUUUCAGGUGAGCGUGUUAACCACCCUGGAGCGGCGGUUCAACUUGCAGAGUGCUGAUGUCGGAGUGAUCGCCAGCAGCUUCGAGAUAGGCAACCUGGCCCUGAUCCUGUUUGUCAGCUACUUCGGGGCCAAAGCUCAUCGACCCCGUCUGAUUGGCUGUGGGGGCAUCGUCAUGGCGCUGGGAGCUCUUCUCUCAGCCCUGCCUGAGUUUCUGACUAAUCAGUAUGAGAUAGGGGAGAUGUGGAGGACUGAUGUGGGUCGGGAUGUUUGCUCCAACGCCAGCAGCAGGGAAGCUCAGCUGACUGAGGACGCUGUGUGUGCCAACAAGGCCAACACCAACAUGAUGUACCUGCUGCUCAUCGGGGCACAAGUCCUACUGGGGAUUGGGGCCACGCCGGUGCAGCCCCUGGGUGUGUCCUACAUUGAUGAUCACGUGAAGAAGAAAGACUCCUCUCUAUAUAUAGGUAAGCUGUUUACAACUUUUUUAACAAAAUGUAGAUAAACAAAGGUUGUGUCCAGUCUGUUUUAAAGACAACCAUUUAGGAGGGGGUGUGUGGGGAUCUUAAAGGGAUAUUCCAGUGUAAAAUUAGUUAAUUAAAAUAAAUUUAGGGUCAAACACAUCAAAACCCCAAGUUAGACACCAUCGAGAGAUGAACAUUGCCGACCGCUUGCUUCUCCAGGUCUCUACCAACUUUAGUAACGACUGGUCCCUGGAGCCACGCGCUCAACCAAAAUGCAACUCUAUAGCCACAAAUUAUGCUCAGAUCAGCACCUAACUUCAUCAACAGUACAUAUAGGGUCCCAGCCACAGUACAAACCACCAAACAUCUUUUUAGCUUUGCCUGAUUUCUUUAGCAAAGAGACCAAACACAACUCACCUACUUUCUUCCAGCAGCCGCUCAUUUGUAGCGAGACCUCAGGGCGAGUCCAUAAUGGACUGCAGAGGGGGGACGCAGCUCAAGGAAGAACAUUUAUGAUCAUUUCUUCAUGGAAAUGCAAUCAGACCGAGACACUUAGGCAGAAGAACUACCACAUCUGCAGUGCAAAGUGAAUAAUAUGAUAAAUAUUACUUCAAGGAAAUAAUAAAGUAAUGAUCAUUAAUGUUCUUCCUUGAGCUGCGUCACCCCACUGCGGUCAUGGACUCGCCCUGAGGUCUCCGUACAAACAAGCGGCUACUGGAAGAGAGAUGGUGAGUUGUGUUUAGUCUCUUUGCUAAAGAAAUAAGACAAAGUUAUAAAGAUGUUUGGUGGCUAGUGCUGUGGCUGGGACCCUAUUUGGUUGAGGUUUGACGUCAGACCGCUGUGUAUUGCUAUCGUGCGGUCGUUACUAAAGUUGAUAUAACUAGAGAAGCUAGCGGUCGUCAACAUUCAUCUCCCAAAGGAGUGUAUAACUCGGUGUUAUGGUGUGAUUGCCUCAACUUUAUUUUACGACGGAAUAUCCCUUAAUCCUUAAGCAAGGUCAAAUAACAGUUAAAGAUAAGCAGUGCUCACCGAAACAGAUGAUUAUCAGUCUUAAAAAUUAAAAAAAAAACAUAUUUACCGGAGAACACUAAUUUCCCAAGGCAGCUGAAAUGGGUGCAGCAGAAAGCCAACUGUUUGUUCAUCACAUCAGGUAUGAUGUUUAGAUAGGUUGAGUCAACACAGUUUGUACAGUAUGUGCUUGUCUGAGCUCUUCCUCUGUGCACCAGCUCUCUGUUCCAAGCCCAGGCCUGUUCACAUAAGUGCCAGGUGAGCAGAUCUUCAGCUUUUUAAUCUCCAUCAUGGCGAACGGGCCAGCCAUGGGUUAAACAUCUCUGCUUCACUCAAUCCUCUCUCAAAGGCGAGAUGCUGCUGAUGUGGCUUUUUGAGGUUUAAAGGUGCAUUAAAAGUGCUUUCUGUGCAAACUUCUGAAUACACAGUGACUGUUUAGGGAUAUACUGUAUAUGUGCUGGGAUAUGUAUAUUCUGAGGCUCUGGUAAUACCGUGCCCAUUAAACCUAGGAGGAUUUCACUUUGAAUGGAGCUUUUCCUUUGAACCACCACUGCUGUUACCAUGCCAAUAAAAUAACUCCAGCUUAAAGACGACCAACAGAAAUUAAUGGGAUGUUUUGACAUUUGGAAAAGUACUUUUAUUCCUUCUUUAGCUAUGAUUUAAAUAAGAUAAAUAGCACUUUAGUGUUAUAUGAGAAAAGUAUGUAGCUUGAGCCAACAAAAGGAAAACAACAUGGACUCUGCACCCCUGAAGCUCACUAAUAACCCCUUUUAAUCUCGUGUUAAGACGUAAACAGUUUCCUCGUCGUGUUAAUUGGGCUGGAGAACUGUUUAUGAAUAGCUAGGCCAACAGGCUGCAAGCUCCUGUGUCAUAUUUCCCAACAGACAGAAAAAGCUAUCAUUAUCAUUUUUAUGCUUUUGCUCAAAAAAAAGCAAUUGAAUGUUUGAUUUAGUUGGCAACUAGUGCAUAGAGGCUACCUGCUAACUUCAGCCAGGUAUGGAUGAGAUGAUCCGUUUUCUUUGUUUUGAUGCGGUCCUGCCUGUUUGCUCUCCUGUCUUCCACAUCAGCCUUUGAUGGAGUGGAUGAGAUGGGUCUGCAUGGUGUGUGCUGUUUGUUAUCAGCGUGCAGCAGAGACAAUGAGAGUGUGAAUAGAGGAUGAGUUCAGGCUGACACACACCCCUCUCUCUGAGCAGCAUGCUGUGCGGCUGUCUUUUGUCACUCAAAUACAGAUGUGACCUGCCAACAAAGGCAGCAGUGUGCUUUGUAAUCUCAGGUGCAAAGCUGAUUUCCGUAAUGGUCAUUCAUUUGUGUUUAGAUGUUCAGAACAUGAUUUUUUUUUUCCCCUUACAAAAAUCCCCCCCUCCAAGCUUUGUUUAUAACAAUGAAAGACUUUGACCCUUUGACACUGACGUAGUGGUUUGCUAGCAGUCAGUGGUGGAAAGUGGACUGUGAGUGAUUGAAUUUUGGCAGUGGUAGGUAGGGAGGGAGAUUUGGUUCUGUCCUCCUCUGAUAAGCUGUGAGGAGAGUUGGAGGAAAACAAGCGUCGAGCAGCGAGGAACAAUGCCGUAUUGAGUCGCACUCAGCUGAUCGUUCUAAUCCGUCUGCUGCAGGCAUGUCAUGUGCCCCCCAGCUGCUGAAUGGAGCAGAUUGUCUCAAACUCUGUAAGAUUUCCUUUCACAUACUGAUAAUGUAUUUUGAUUAUUCACAUGUUUGCGUCAGCAAGUUAACAUUGUUACAGCUGUGAUGCAAAGUUUUGUUUCAGAGCACUUGUUGCAGAAGCGCUGAAUGCAAAGUUUCUCUCUGGAGUUUCGUUGUGCAGGCUUGUCAUGGCCUUCAAUUUUAAAAGUCUAUGUUUGUUUCAUAAUGUGGAGAAUAAGCCUUAAAAUAUCACAAAGUUUUUUUUACAACAAUGAUUCAAAUAUAAGUUGAAUAGAUCUGUCUUUUUUAUAUUAUUUGGUGGCUGUAGAUGGGUACUGUAGAAACUUUCAGACUGGAUUAAGGAGCGUCCUGAGAAAGGUGCCAGAAAGGGGAAACACCUUUUGAAACUGAGACCAGAAACUUCAGCCUGACACGUAUCUCACGAAACGUCUGUCCUUUGCACAGCUUAAACUGAGUAGAGUAAAACUUCCUCUAUUAUUACUACAUGACCGUUUUCACACCCCCAGAUUGUGAGUAUUUGUACAUGUUGCUUGGUAUGUCGACUGUACCAUACUGUGGCUUUGACUACUGAAACAUCCUCAUCUGGUCAUUUAGUGAGCGGUCCCCACAAAGUCUAACACAAACAACAUUAAGUUAAGAUGCAGUUUUACACGUUGACAAAAACAGAUUUUGACUCUCUUUACAUCAAAUGAGUGUAAAGACGAUAUAUCAAACUGAUUAAUUCCAUUAAAUCACAUUUGAAAUGACUGAAAAUGUAAAAUCUGGUUUUAAAUUUAAAUUUUAGGUACAUGUUUUCCAUCACACUAUAAACUGAGGAGACUGGUCUCUGGCGUUCUGACAGUCAAAUGUGGUCCCUUUCUUUUCUGCUUUAUAAUUUAAGCUCCUUUCUCGUAUUUUUGUUCUUUGAUGCCUUAAAUGUUUUCAAUAGGUGACAAGUUUGGGCUGCAGGCAGUCCAGUUAAGUAACCACACUCUUCUACAAACUUCUACUAAAGAAACAUGCUUUUGUCAUGUAACCAGAAUGUGGUUUGGCAUCGUCUUGCUGAAAUGUUCCAGGUCUUUCCUGUCAAAGGCAUCAUCUGGAUGGCAGCAUAUGUUGCUCCAAAACAUGCUAAUACUGUUGAGCAUUAAUAGUGCCUUCCAUAUGUUUCGACAUGCAUCCUAAUCAUGGAUGCUGGCUUUUUAACUGUGCAGAAAUAAUAAUAAGUCAGGUGGUUCCUGCACUUCUGAAUAAUGUUAAUACAUGGUUCCCUCUUUGCAUGCUGCAGUUUUGAUGUGAAUGUAGUGACCGGCUGGGUUUACAGACAGCAGUGUGUGAUGGUGAUUUAUCCAUCCAGUGUGAUUUGUCUGGCUCAGAUUUUUCUGCAAAUCUUUCAAUGAUAUUUACUUGAAAUAAUAAUCUGUGGAUCCUCACUAAGGAACAUACUUCUGAAAUUGUUGAGCGGUUUGCUCAUGCAGUCUCUCACAGGGUCACGAACCUCGUGCUUCUGAAAGACUGGGCCUCUCUGAAAUGAACUCUAUGAAAUUGGGGUUUAUCUAUCUAAUACACAGAAUAAAAGCGUCAUGAUUAUCCUGAUUCAUGACACCGAGUGUUAGCUGAAGCUGUGUUUUUGGCCUGCGGCUGGUGUCAGUGCAUAUUUUCACCCUGUGAUGUGUUAUUGUUGAGCCUGAGCUCAAUGGCCAGGUGAAAACUCUGUGCCUUUGAUGGAGGAAAGUCCCGCCCUCGUACAGCUCGGCAGUGCAGGGAGAGCAGAGCCGAGAGGUCUGGAGAGGAGCCAUAAUUACAGAGUGAGGCAGGAAUGCCAACCAGCCAGCCAUGAGGUGGGUCUAAGUGGGCCGGGCUGUACAUGCAUACCACACAGGCCUGUGAAAAACAACUCCUCCAGAGACUUCGACUGCCUGCUUUUACUGUGUUCACUGCAGCAGACGCAGCUUACUGCUGUUUAAACAACUGUAAAAAAAGGGUGUAGAAAAAGUUUCUUUAGAGAGCUUUUUGUCCCUCUCUGGAGGAGGUAAGUUCACGGUCAACAUCAAGAUUUUGAUGGAGCUUUCACUGCGUGGUGCUACAAGUUCUCCUUAAAAGCAAAUACUUAAACGCCGUCUCCACCUCUGACAAAGCUUCAACGCAGAGUCAGAUAUAAACACACAGAUCUCAAAGGAUCAUGUUGUUUUGCUUCUCAAGUCUAGACGUAGGCACUGGGCUCUGGCCAAAGGAAAUAAAAAUGAUUGGACAGAUUGCGUCAACAGGAUCUCUGUUCCCACUGCUCUAUGACCUUUCACUAUCCACUGCUAAUUCUGGCUCUUCCCACAGGACCCCCGCCUGCAUAAAUAUACUGUAUGGGACACUUACAGAAGGCUUUAGAGCUGUUGUCACCGUCGUACAGCAAACUCUACCCGGCUGCCGCUCCAGGGUUCAAAAGCUUUAAAACCAGCGGGGGAUUUCUUCAUUAAACUACAUUGUACAGUGUUUGUAGAACAGGUCAGACAGCUGAAUGAUGGCAUUUAUGAACUCAUCAAAAUCACAUACUGUAGAUUUGGACGUGUGGAUGCUUCUUAUCGUAUAUCGAAUAAAAGACGUGCAUGAUCAGAUUGUGAAAGGCUUAUUGAGAAAACCCCCUGAGGCAGAGUUUUUCCAAGUCCAAAACCAGACUUUUUUGUUGCUCCAUCGUUGUUACUGUAUCUGAUAUGCAAGCUGCAUGUACUGUGCUCACUUAGGCCAUGUUAGCAGUCCUGUGACUAAACAUAGGCACCGGGGUGCUUUAAGUUGAACGCGAAUGUCAGCAUGCUACAGAUAGCAAUGCACGCAAUGUUUAACAUCUUAGCAACAGAGUCUGUUUGUCUCACCACAAAUAAACAGCUGACUAUGACUGAUAUGUUGUUCGAUUUGCUCCAUCAAAUCUUACAUUCUGUGAGUUGUUUUUCCUACAGAGUCAGCAGCCACCAAAUAAAAUGAGCCUAUUGAAAAAGCAGUAAUGUCACAGUCCUGUCUCUGACUGCUACACAUGAGCCACUGACUUAACCUCAACCUCUUUAGCCUUAUUUGCUGAUGUGCUUUUAGAAAUUAAGACACAAAUAAUGUAGAAGUUCUGCUUCCUGUUGUAGCUACCAAACAAAUAUUCACCUGGGAAAACGGUGUUGCUAGUUCCAAUGCGACUUGCCAACUAGUUACCUAACUGUGCCACAUUUAACAACUGAAAAGCAAACCUGCUAAUGGUCAAAAGAGUUUAACACUAACGCUAAGAUAAUUUGUCUUCAGCAUCACUGCUAAACCUGUUUUUAACUCGUAAAUUAGUUUGUUUGUUGUGUCUCUGCAACUUGCCAGCGUGGCUGUCGAUUAAAUGUGUACAGGUACCCACCCACUUUAAGAAUCUGACCGUAAAAACAGUAAUUAUAUGAUCAUAAAAGUAUGUUUUCUCUAUUUUACUGAUGAACAAAAUAAAAAAAAAACAUUCCACUUUUAUUUUUCCAAGACUGCAAAAACUUUUGGGUUGGAUUUCUAAACAUGAUGAGCCAAAGACAAACACUGAUCUCUUUGUAGCAGUGCAAAAGUGACUGUGAGUUUUAAUGGCAAACACGAGCCUGUCAGGCUGUGUACCAGACUUGCUGUGUCUCACUCUUGCUGCAGAACUACCAAGCCAGGAAUGAUUGGCUAACUGCAGAGAGGCACAAAAGUUCUUUUUCCCUGUUGAGGCAUGAGACAAGAUAACCGCUUCUACCUGGGGAGAAAAUUUGCACAUAUAUUUUCCUUUCAUAUCUCUGUAUUUUACUACCUAACGGCUAACACUUGUCUGUAUUUGUUUCUCAGGCCUGCCUUUUCCCACAGUUACUGCGUAUUUCCUCAGACCUACAUUUUUCAGGAGUUUUUCUAUUUUCUUGUGCUCGCUUCGUCUCUGCAGGGUCACAUUUCGGUUCAGGUUUGUUUGGACAGAAGUCACAGCGAAAAAUGUCUCUGAGGGAUCCUCGAGAGACUUGUCAACAUUCCUACUAAAAUGCCCCGACUCUAAACACUUGCUGCAGCAGGGCGUUUAUAUAAGCUACUUAAACUCAGCGCAUGUUAAUGUCAUCUUGAAGGAUUAGAUUCUAAAUGGGUUUUUCCGUCCCUGCCAUAAGCUGCAUGCUGGGUUUGCCUAGCAACACCAUUUUGUUUUAUCUUAAGAUGAAAAACGGCAGUGCGGUGACUGUUCAUCAGCCAGCCUCUGCCUCUCUGCAUCACUGUAAUGAACUGUAUGACAGAACAGUCGACUGUGCUAUCAGCCGAAUGACCCAGAGACAUUCACUGUACAGUAGGCUGCAGGCAGAACCCCUCGCCCCGGACUGGUCCUAGACGGGGGAGAGGAGGCAGCAAACAUGAGAUUAUCUGGUGUCCAACUGGUCAACAGCAUGCAGCUGCUGUCUCGUAGCUAAUCAGUAAUUAUCCUCAGUACUCUGAGUGUCAUGCAGAGGAGUCAGAGAGGAAGUGAGGGGGCAUGACGUAGAGCAGAUGGAGACUGAGCGCUUCACGUGGUCUCGGGUUUUGAUAAAUUGGAAGUCAUUGUGAUUGCCUGAGAUUUAGUUUUUAAAAAAUGCAGUUGUAAGGCGAUUCACGCACAUGGAAAACUUUGCUUUUUUUUUCAGUGGCAGCUGUCUGCACAAGGAGGGAGGUUCAGAUCAGAUGGAGCUGGUUUGCAGAGCUAUCUGAUGGUGUUAAAUGAACCUCAGAUGGGUGUGGACUUGCCACGAGGUCAAAUUUUUUUUUCACAUACUCAGACUUCUGUAGUGUGUAAGACUGUAGCAGAUGCGUCAUCUGGCUUCUGGUGUGUAGUGAAUCACCUCCCCCAGUCAAUCUGCUGUUUUUUUUUUGGGUGGGAUAGUAUUAAAGUGACACUGUGUAUUUAUACCACUGUGUUUUUUUCCAAAAUGUAUAAUCCUAGCUUUGGGAUGUCUGGUUGUCACAUGGAGAGAAAUUUUGCAAAGGUUUUCUCUGUGUUUUUCUUGAUUUUUUUUUAAACGUAAACACAUCACACACUGAAGCAGACAAAUAUUUGAAGAAAACUCAUGUGAGUUGCUCCACAAAUUUAAUCCUAGCACAGCAACUCCUUGGAUUGAGAAACACUGGCUCUGUUUAUUUUGGGGAUGUGGGGCAGUCCAGAUCAAAAAUAACAUCUACGGCAAUAUAACGUUGUUGAUAUCCUUCGUCACAUGGCAGUUUUAUUAACAGAAACAGCUGUGAUCCUUGUCUUUUCUCUGAGUUUCAGUAUGAAUUGAUGAAUAAUAAAAACGCUGUGUGUGUGUUUACAACAUUUAGAAAGUGUUGUUGGGGAAAUAGGAUAUUACACUUUCAAAGAACAUCUUUGUAGACCUCAAAUGGGUCAGAGGAAAUAGAUCAGUUCUGGAAAACAGACAUGGGACCCCUCAGGCCGUCUCACUGGAGCCCACAGAUCCGUAUGGUGCUGCUUCUUGCCAUUGCCAUAAGCACUCUUUCUUUCUUUUCCUUCUUACUGCCACCUGCAGCAGCCUGAAAGGCGCUCAAUUUGGCAUCCUGCUGCAUUGUGUGUGUUUUUUUUUCUCUCUGGUCUAAACAUGCCUGUUGCACCUUUCCCCCACCCCUCCAUCCUGAAUCCCUGAGGCCUCAGUAAACCUCACCACGUUACCGUGCAGCACUCCUUUAGGCAAUCUGGGUCAGGCUCUGUCGCUGCUGAUUAAAAAGGGGAUUUUUGUGUCAUCCACAGGGGGAGGAGCGAGGGGAUAAGGGGUGGGAGGAGACGGAUCAUAAACACAGCAGCAUCAGCAAGCCGUUGCCACAGAAACGGCUGGUUGUUGGGCGCUUGUGUGAUUGGAUUGAGAUGCUCAGUCUUUACCCCGCAGCUGUCACUCUGCUCUGCCCCUUCUUUUAACUACGACUAAAAAUCAAAGCGACAGAAGUGCAGGCUGCAGGUCAGCCCUCGCACUGGAAUUUUCAAACACUUCUCUUGGUUUUUAAAUAGGAGCAGGUAAGUGUCCGACAAGUCCUGACCUUGGACAAGGUCUGGACUCAGGGAAUACGGAUUCACGGUGCGCACACGGCUUUGCCACAAAUCCCAAGCCUCAUUGAUUGAGUGGUGUGUAAGUGGUUGCUCUGUGGGCUCCUAGGAUUACUCAGAAGCAUGUUCAGCACUUAAUCCUCAUAUCACUGAUGGCAGAGAGUGAGGGAUAACAGAGCCUAAUUAAAUGGACUCUGAUCAAUGGGUUGGCAGUCUCUAUAAUUAACUGUUUGAUCCAGUCAACUUUUAUUUGCUUGGUGUGCAAACCGAAGUCUAUUACUGACUGUCCUCUGGUCUGGUGAUGCCCUGCCUCUGCUGAUAAAACUUCAGGACCAAGUUUUACAAAGCCAGUGGGUCACACUGGCACAGAAGAUUUGUAUCAUAAAAGCGUUUCAGGGCCAGAUGUUUACUUUCUUGAGUAUUUGCAGUGAAGCCCCCGUAUGUGAUGCAUAGGUGUGUAAAAUUGGUGGCCAAAAAAGUAAUAAAUAACAACCUUGAAGGGUAAAAAAAGUGAAGUAAAGAAGAUUUAUAUAUAAAGCUUAAAAAAAGACCUUCAAUACCAUUGACUGCAAUUUUCAUGGCAUCAGAUUCUUAUCAGCCAAACUAAAUCUUUAAAUUUACAGUGAUAUAAACGUCAGCCUCCUUUUAACAUAAAUGAGCUAAAAAAUUCCCAUCAAAGGUAGUGGAGCAGGAAAUCAUUGCAGGGAUAUUUAUGUCAAUGUCCCUGUCCAUGUUUGGCCGUUUUUUUUGUUGUUGUUUUUUUCACUUUGAAUUUUAGACGCUUGUCGUAGCUUUUGCUGCGUUUCAGUUACCUUGGAAGUUGGAUGUCGGAACUGGGAAUGACGUUACACCCGAGUUGACAGCGUUCCAGUUAACAAGUUGGAAAACCAAGAUGGAUGCCUACAGCUAGCCAAAGUUAGCUGUUGUUUACAACUGUCAACUGUCAACUGUCGUUAGCCAUUGUCAGUCCUCAUUAGUGGUUGUCAGCUGUUGUUAGCCGUAGUCAGCUGUUGUUAGCUGUUGUUAGCUAUACCAGUCGCAAACAACGCACAGCACAGUGUUUUACUCUACAAACACCAUAGCACCGUGUUCACAGUUAGACGUUGGGCAGCAAAACAUAUACCACUUAUUUAAUUUCAUAAAAACAAAACAGAAGUGCUAAUAACUAAUACAUAACGUGAGCUACCACUGUUACUCUUUAUGUUGACGUUGUCGUCAAGUCGGGGUUGGCAAGGAUCGUCCAACUUUACAAGUCAGAAAUCCGACUUCAGGGGGUGUUCCAGAUGAAUUUCCGACUCGGAACUAGGAAAUCCCGACUUCUGAGUACAACUGGAACGCAACAUUUCAACAUUGUUGCCAUCAUCAGAGCUUAUUGUUUAAGUUACUUUGCAGUAGCUGGCAACUUAUAGACGCGCUCGCCAGCUCUGAUGCUGUUGCUGGAGUUGAAGGACAGGAUGUUGCUCAGUUUUUCCCUAUCAGAGAUGGUUGGGGUCCAGUAGCCUGUUCUCACAUAUGUGCCCAUUUUUUAGUAAGGCCCAUCAGGCUGAGGUCAUGUUGGGAACUUAUUGUUUAUCAUUUAAUGUCUUAGCCCCUGUGAGCAAUGAAUGUGUUGCUUGGGGUGAUAUUGUUGACAGCAAUUUGCAAAAAAAAAUCCACAAGCCAAGACUUGCAUAAAUGAGAAUGGAGAUAGAGAAUCAACAUCUAUGCAAUUAUCUAUGAGUGGACAGCACUUCCAGUUGAAUCUGUGGGUUCACCAGUGGGUGCUAGGAUUGCAUUUAGGCAGAUUGAAUUCUACUUCUUUUAGUCUUCACUUUGUUUUCCGGCAUUAAAGUAAAGCCUGUCAAAAAAAGGCAAUUAGACGAUGAUGCAUAUCACUCAAUAAAGGUCACAGUGCUUAUAUAGGUUGGAAAUAGGCCUGAACGAUAUAUCGUUUGACUAUCGUCAUCGCGAUGUACGUGUGUGCGAUAGUCACAUCGCAGAGCCUGCGAUGUGGGAGGUGAAUGAACUCAUUUAAUUUCAAGGGUAACCGACUGAGAUACACUCCAUGUGACUCUGCAUGUGCUGUGCAGCGAUCCACCAAUCGGCUUCGUCCUUAACUCAGUUGCCAAUCAGACUCACUUCUCAGUUGCCAAUCAGACUACCCUGCCAGCUGUCAAUCAAAAUCAGGGAGGAGAAAACCCACCCCUGCACAUGUUCUGCACAUGGAGGAGGACGCGUGUCCGCUGAGAAUUACUUUCGGAACUUUACUCAUGACUAUUAAGCCCAACAAAUAAGAACUGUAUGGGUUUUAAAAUGUAUAUUUCCGUGGACCACUCUACUAUAAGCAGUGCGCGUUUUGCGAGGUGCAUGCAAUUCUCGGAGGACAUGCGUUUCUCGGCACAACACCGCUAACAACAACAACAACGAUCGCAAAAUGAACAACGAACAAGCGAAAUCCACCGAAAAUGAAGAUUUGUUGCCAAAAAGAAAAGGAAAGUCAAUUAUCUGGAAUUAUUUCGGUUAAAAGAAGGAUGAUGUCGACCAAAACACGUCUUCUGUGUUCAUCUGUUGCCACAAUAACGUCCCAGCACAAUAAAAGCUAAAAAUAUCUCUGAGACAGACAGAAGCCGUUCUACUAACAUUCACAAAAAGAGGUGAGAUCAGAGCAGAUUAACUGUCCUCAAGAUUUCAGCAGUGCAGCAUAACAUUAAGUGCUAUUCAGGUCAUCUGGUGAAAAUACUGUAUUUUUAAUAUCGCAAUGUAUAUCGCAGGGUUGAAAAAAUCCCAAUAUUAUUUUUUUCCAAUAUCGUGCAGCCUUAGGUUGGAAACUUCUCAAUAAUACAAUUUUAAUUUUACUCAAAGUCUAUCAGGGACUUGAAAAGACUUAUUUUCUUUUUAAAGGCUUGACUCUGGACUCAGAUUUAAACUUGCUCAUUGACCUGGUAAUUUGUUGCCACAUAGAGAAAACAAAUAUCCAGCGUCAUCCUGGUUUCCCGAAUCUCACUCUCAUGGCAUUUUCUCCUCGGUUAAACAGUUUUCUUCUAAACUCUCUCCACAUCUGGCCUCUUAUUUCUCAGAAUGCAUCACAUUUCUCAAUAACCGAGGACACGGUUCACCCCUUUAUUUGUUACACAUUCCUGGAGAGAAGGCUUGAAACUGGCUUUUGGCGUCUCCAUCCUGAUAAUUAGUCGGAGCCACCUGCAAGAGAAGCUGGGACCAGCUGCUGUCAGAGAGUCCUGGACCUCUCUGCUCCUCAUCCUCAAGAGAGCAGCUGCAGCUUUCUAGCAGAGACACACACACACGCUCUGGUGUCUUGCCCUUUUUCCUCCAUGUCUUCAUCCCUUACCACCCAACUGCCUAACAAUGGAGACCGUGGGCAGCUCUGUCUGGGCUCCAGUAAAACAUCUGAAACAGGAUUACAAACAGAUCACUGUGGCAGAGCGGAAAGACAAGGCUGUACUCUGUCACAGUAACUCCUACCCCCCUGUCAAUCUGUCUCUCUCCUCCUUUUCUCCCCCGUCUCUCCGUCCUGUGCCGACCCGGUGCUCAGUGUCUGGUCGCGUCCUCUGUGUGUCCAGCAUCAGAUCAGUGCUUUGUUUGACAGCACGCCUGGGCUGUUUAUGUAAUCUAAUGGAAUAGAAAGACCCUUAUUAUCACUGUAAACAAACAAAGUGGAAGAUUGUAUUUAUGUAAUUUAAAAUAAAUGCCAGCCUUGCAAAAGCGACUUGAUCGCACUGAUUUAAAAGAUCGUCUAUUUGCGUAUUCUGCUGUCAGGUUACAAACUACGAUGACCUUUCACAGAAUGAUGAGUGAGGAUUUAACUUGGUAUGACAUGACAGAAAAACAAAUGGACUUCAUUUAGAGCUUACUAAUACUGGUGCCAUUUAGGUUAAUGAGAGCUUUUACUGUUUCUUGGAAUAGUUAGAGUGAGAUCACACAAGGUUAAUUGGACUCAAAGAUUAAGCGACUGCAUGUCAGGUUAAAGAAGCCUAAUGGCAUUAACCUACAAGACGAAGAAGAGCCUGAUGCAAGAGGAAGAGGAAAGUGUCUCCAACAUCUUUGGUUAAGCCACAUUCAUGUGAACAAAAAUAGGUAAAGACAUUUUUAAUAGGCUUUUAUUUUAUGGAAUUAUAUUCUACACACAAAGAAACCACAAAGAUGAAAACUUAAUCACAUUACAUAAGCUAUAUUUGAGUUUUGACAGGUUUUCUUGUUAAAAAGACUUCAAAUAAUUGACAGAUUAUUAAAACUUGUUUUGUUUUAAGGACUUAAAAAUCAGCUUUGAUUUGCAGUAUUAAUGUUACAUAAAACACAUUAUUUUAGACAGGCCUACUCAGACUGACAUUUGAGUCCAGACUCACAGCUUUUUUAUUUAAAACUUUGCUGUGUUGAUGUGUAUUUUAUUGACUUUACUAUUUUACUUAUGUGUCUUUAUAUUUGUUCUGUAAGGUGUCCUUGAGUGCCCUGAAAGGCCCCUAUGAAUAAAAUGUUUUAUAAUUAUUUACUUUUAUUAAAAUUGAUCAAGGUCAGUAAUCAGUGAGCAAAAAUUUUGAUUUGAAAAAAAAAACUAAUUCAUUCACGAGUUAGAAAUGUCAGGCACGAUGGAUUUGGUCUUUUGUCUAUUGUGCACGCAGGCAGUGGAGCAGUGUCCAUGAGCAAGGACCCUGAUAUGAAAGUAGAUAAAUUUUCAUUUUAUCAUCCAAAAAUAUCAUUUUUCCACUGUCAUGUUUGAGUACGUCUCAGUGAAAAUUACUUUUUCUCAGGCGGCUGAUGCUUUAAACAUACCAUGCUUGAUUUGAAUCUACCUGCUGUCAGAAGAGUUUGACCCCAUUUGAGGUCAAGAAAAAAACAUAUUUAUCAUCCUUAGCAGUACUUUAAAGUGUAGUAAAAUGAUGUAAUUUGAGCAAGGCUCUGCCCAGCUGUAGAUUUAUAGAUGCUGUUGUUUUCUGGCAGACUAAAGCAGAUAUUUAAAGGGUCACAGUUCUGGAGUUUUAAAUGAACUUUGGAAAUGCAGCAGGUGCAUUUCCAUUGACUGUUUCAGGGUGAAUGGAUUUGUGAUCCGUCCAAGUGAGAAAGCUGCAGGACUUUGAUUAUCUUUGAGAUAUUAUAGAGGUCUUUCUGGCCUAUAGACAAAAAAUCAUUACGUGCCAUGAUUGCACUCCAAAGAGAAGGGCUUUGCUGAUCAUUUAUACGAGUUAAAUGUUUGCAAUUUUCAACAUAUUCAAUUAGAUCUGAAUCUCUUUUCUAUGAGUUUUCCCUCUUCAACUACUUUGAGAAAAGCAUUCCCACAUGUUCCCCUUUUUUGCAGUAAUUAUUUGUAGGUUGACAGCAGGCAAGAUAAAUGCAGAUAGAAAAAGGCUGACAGGUGCAACUCAAUGUAGUUAAUUUUAGUGAUCUAACAGAUGGAAAACUGGCAGGUUGGUCUGACAAAGUUAAAACAACAAAUACUCUAACAGGAACACAAAAAAAGAGACAGGUGAGCAGGUGGGUGGACAGGGUCAGGCCAUGAACGACUGAUGAGCUGUGGACUCAGGUGUGGGGACGGUUAAGUACAAAGUCUGGUGAACAGGUGGAAAGUAGUGCAGUAAAUCUACUAAAACAAAAGGGGAAUGUUGAUAAAGUUUGCUUUACUUUGAGAUCAGACUUUUUUUUUAUGCUGCUCCUUCACUGUAAUCACCAUUUGAAGCUGACGGGCACUGUGUUAUAAAUUCUGCACCAUGAGUUUGAGUCAGUCUGGGGAGUCAGGACCACUUCUAUCUUCUUGAGUUUUGUGUGCAUUUAUGCAAUAGAUUGUUUUUAAAAAAAAAAACAUUCUCAGGCUCUUUAAUUUCCCUCAGACCUGUUUGUUUGCCUUCAAAGGUUACUCUCUGAUAUUUAUUCACGAGGAGAAGCAGAAUAUGAGCUCAUUCAUACAGAGUUUACUAGAGUUUAAUGUAAUGUCCUCACUUUAUUUGAUUUCACGUAAGAGCUCUGGAUGUCUUUUGUUAUUUUAGAUUGAAAAAGCAUUUAUUGUCAUGGCAGGUCUUCCUUGUAUCUCUUGACAUAAAACCUUUUUUUCCCUCCCAUCCUGUUGCAGUGUGCUUUACUUAAGUGAUUUUUUUCUCAGUAUUGUCAUCCACAGAGUCAUGGGAUGAGGCAGCUCAGCUGAAUUAUGAAAUGGCACAGAGAUCUAUUGGGGGACAAACAUUGUCUCUAAGCGUUUACUGAUUUUAUAUAAUCUCUGAUACAACACAGUAUGUAUUAAUAUAAUGAAACAAUAGGAAAUACUGACAAAAGGCUACAACUUCAUAACGGCAGUGUUGUCUUUAAGUCCAUCUCUCUCUUUCUGAACCCAGUGUAGUCGCUGCAGAUGGCUGUCUUGCAUGAGUCUGGUUCUGCUCAAGGUUUCUACCUGUUGAGGGAAGUUUUCCUCUGUGACCUACUAAAGUAGGACAGUCCUGUGGAUAAAAACGAGAUGAGAGUGGGUCUGAUCUUAAAGAUCUUGAUGUUGGGUCUUUAUAGAUAGUCUAGACCAGCUUUUUGUUGAACGUCUUGGGAUAACACUUCAAUAUAACUAUUAGGGGUGUCAUGAUUUUGAUUUUCAAUCAAAAUCGAUCAAAAUUACGUCACGGUCUCAAUCAUCGAAAUCAAAGAGAGGAUGGACAAUCCCCUCUUUCCACAUCCGGGAGGUGUGCGAAGCGGAAGCAAAUGACGAUGCCGCACAUUGUAGCCGACAUGAGCCUCUGUGAGUUCUCAUUUUUGUUAUUAUGUUUGUUUCUGUUGUUUUCACUUCACUGAAAACAAGAUUGUUAAAUAAAUUAUUUAAAAUUGACUAUUAAUGCCUAAUGUGAUACAUUACACGAGUAAUAGAAAUAGCAUUACUUGUAUGUAGCCCAUCUUUUGAAAUAAGAUUUACUGUACAAAAUGUAAUGAAUAAAACCAAUGAAGGAAGACUAGACUAGUCUAAAGAUGGCAUAGGCCUCUGUGCUGUAAGAAAAAGAAAAAGAAUCGAGAAUCAAAUCGCAUUGUGAUCAUAAAAUCGUAAAUUAAAUCUCACAUUUCUCACAUUUUACAGAGCGGUACCUGUGGUUUUUUUGAUACAUUAAUUAAAAAAGAUAAGACAAACAUUUGAAAGUGAAAAUGAUAGUUGAUGCUGUAAUAAAAUAAAAAAAAUGUUCAGUAGGUUCAGUGAAUGUUACCGACUCAUCGAGCGACAUCAAAAUAAUCUCAUCAGCAGUCUAGACUCAUAGCAGGUACGUGUUCAAACAUAAGGUAGUCAGGCCUUCAGGGAGACCCAGUGUUGACCUGCUGUGCAGACCUUGACCUCCCAGGGGGCUUAGGUUGAGCCUGAGCUCAGCUUAACAUGACAGGGUGUGGAAGGGGAGAAAGCCGCCGGGAGUCGGCGUUUCUCCAGGGCCGCAUCAUCGGGUAAGGCUCUGCAGUAACGGCGCUGCUCAUCCUCAGGGUCAGAGUGCUAAUAGUUUUAAAACGUGCCCUUAAGCUGCACUUUUUAUAAAGCAACCAUAUGGCACCAGUGAAACCGCUUUAACGCCAGUCUGCAUGAGUGUAACUUGGAAGUUAGCACAGAGAUAAGACAUUGUUUUGAUAUCAAAUCUCCGCAGGGUGUAUGUGGAGGCCUGCUUUUAAAUUUUAGAUCUUUUGACGUAAGCGGAAGUCAAAGUAGGAUGAUCCUGAUGUAAUGGCAUUUGAAUCUGAGAUGAGAGCCGACUUUAAGCUUUGGCUUGUUAUUUAGGUCAGUGCUGGUUAGAGCCAACAGGGUUACUGAAGGGUAAAUCCAACCAACCGGCCAUCUCGCUGCUUUUUCCUCACUCGUGGAGUUAAAACAGUGACAUGAUGAUCAUUUCAUUGUCGGUGAAAAAAGAAACUGUGUGAAAGUAUGCAGAAAUGUCACAUGGUUGCUUUUUUAUUGGCAAAGCUUUGACCUGCAGCUUUGGGAAUGCUUUGACUCGAUCGUGUGACGUAAAUAGCAUUUUCCCGUUAAAACUGUGGUAGGCAUUUCACAAAUUUUUCUCGCUCCAGAUAGUAAAACAGGAAUCAUCACUGUCCAGCCAUGCCUUUUAACUCUAAACCAGCUAAAGCCGACAGCUGGAUUAUGAAAACAAACUGUAUUGAAAGACAGAGAAACUUGUUUUAAUCUUAUAAGUUGACUCUGUAGAGGAUCAUGGGACAUUAUUAAUAAUCAAUAAUUACAAGAUUUCAUAUGCAGUGCUAAAAAUAUUGGUUCCCCAGGACACUAAAAGUAGUUUAUAACCCCCGAGUUAGACUUCCUCGUCCUGUCAGAGUGAAUAAUGUGCUCUCUGACAGGUGAUGCUGAUGCUGAAACUAAGCGUUGCUCAGGUGGGCUGAAGCUUCACUCCCUGAGGUAAAAGCUGCUGUCUGAUCUGAUGCUGUUAGUUCUUACUUGAGGGUCACUGAAGAUUUGGCCGCCCUUAAUAUCCUCUGUAUUUCUUCAAAACACACCUCACCUCAGAGGCGGCUUUUGCAUGAACUUUUACUCACGCUCGCUCGGACAGGACUGAGUUUACAUAACAGCUAAAGUCAUACUCCAAACACAUCUGACUUUUGGAUUUUGGGUCACGCUUAAAAAGAGAAUUUAGCGCCCUUUAAAUUGACUCCUUUCCUGGCAGCGAGUUCAUUUUUUUUUUUUUGUUGUUGUUUGUUUUUCUUUCUCAGGUUCACAUCUCAGGCGUCAACGAAAUGUUAGAGAGUUAGGAAAGAGUACUACGUUAGUGUCGUCCAAAUUUAGGAGAGGAAGUGGCGCUUCAGUGUGGUAUUCUGUGAGAAAUACAAGAUAAGGAUUACGAUAGUUCCCCUCACACUGCCUGAAGACAAACGCCUUCAAGAUUGAGAUCAGAUGUGACGGCAAAAACGAAAGAGCUGAUAAAAAUAAGUCACAAAAUGACUGAGGAAGUCAGACUUAGAUUUUUCAAGUUUUUUUAAUCGUUCUGAAACAUAUUUGACAUAACAGGUCUGGAUCAUUCCCCUGAGUGAUUACAUGGUGCAGGUUCUGUGUGAGUAAGUGUUAAGCAGAGUCUAGCGGUGUUAUUAGCAGAUGUAGUGGGCAGUAAUUUGAGAGCCACAGAUUAUGUAAUAGCAUGCUCGGUUUGCCUCCUGUCAGUGACGUUUGAAUACCUGAUAUCUAAUGAAAUGCCUUUAAAGGGUUUGUGCAAGACUCUAGCAGGUUGUGAAUCAUGCAGAUCUAACACCUGCUGACGUGCGUCUUUUUAACCACCUGCAUGUGGGCAUUUGAAAAACUCCCCUAGCAGUGAUCAACGGAAAGUAUUCACCUGUGGGGAGAAAAACCCAGUGACCACAAAGUUGUGUAACUCAAGUAGAGGAUGUCAAAGUUACAGGUGCAUCAUGGUUUCCACUUUAAUUUUUAUCAUAAACACUUGAUAUAUGAUACAUUGGGUCAUGUCUCAAUGGUCUAGGUCAGUGGGUUCUCAACUGGGGGGGGUUAGGGGAAACUGCAUUGAACCACAGCUUGCAAAAGGUUGGGAACCCCUGGUCUAGGUCAUCUCCUUUCCUCUUUAUGUAGAUGAAUAAUAGACUGUAUUUACACAGCUCUUUCUCUAGUCUUCUAACCACUCAAAGUGCUCAUAUAUGACUCUCCCUUGAACCAUGGACUGUAUAUACUAUGGGCAACUUGGUUCCGCCUUCUGCCAGUAUAUAGAUUUAAAGCCAAAAAGCUCCUAUACUGCAGCCCGUCACCAGAGGGAGCUGUUCUUGCGGUGGCUUCACCCAGCAAGGAGGCAGACGGUGUUUAUUCUAUAUACAGUCUAUGCCAUUCCAGGGCUCGACAGUGCGACCGUUUCACUCCGUGUGCGAAUUGUAAAAAUGUAUUGAGGGGCACAUGUGCGCAUGAAAAUAUAUAUAUUUUUUUUCAUGUAAAUACCGUGGUGAAGUUAGUUUUAGGUUGGAUAUUUAAUGGACAUUCACUGAGGAUCUACCAGUGUCUUUACACUCUCCAUAACUGGGAGCAGCAACAGCAGCGAGGUUGAAUCUACUUGGCUCCCUGUCCAGUGUUGAAUUAGGGACCAUCAAUAAAUUACCGGUUGAUGUUCUCAAAAAAGGCUGUUUUCCUUCAAUAGCUUCCAUGUCAUGUGACCAAUUGCUCUAAAAUUGAUUUCAAAUAAUAGUAUUAAGGUCGGACAAUAAGACACACCUCUUUAUUUCCCUAAUUUGUCCUCUUAAAAGUUUUUGUGUUAAAUUUAUAAGCAAAUUUUGAACAUUUUCUUCAAUACCUUCUAUGUCAUGUGAGUGAAAGACCUAAAAUUGAUUUCAAAUAAUAGUCCUUAUGUUCUUUGUGUGCUCCUUACUUUUUCAACUUGAGAGCACAUGUGCUCCCUGUGAAAAAAGUUAGUGUCAAGCCCUGCAUUCUCAAAAUGGGGACAGAUAGGCGUCUCACCCAAGGAGGCUUGGGCAUAUAGACAGCAGGCCAUCUUGUGAUUGACAGAUGGCUGACUCCUCCACUAAGCUACAGCGGCCCCUUCUCACUCAUCUCCUUUGUGUCACUUUGUUUGAGUAUUUUUCUUCCUAAACUGAUAAUCAGCAGCACCAAACCACUUGUUAAGACCAGUGGUUUGGCGCCAGAGCUUAGCUGUGCCUACGUUAAACCACAUGAAAGAAACUGACGCAGUUUGGUUAGGGCGUAACAAGUCGUCACUAAGGUGAGGACAGAGAUGUGGUCAAAAUUAAUGAGUCAAAGUUGACUCACUUCACUGGAACAGCAGUUUCCUGGGUAACAGUCCUUCACCUGUUUACUUUCACUGAAGUGGCUCCUCGGUCUUUACACCAUCAGCCGACACUAUUGAACACUAACUAGCAUCAGUCAAGCUACCAUAAGCAGCUAACAAAUACGUGUGCAUCCUCAAACAUUUUUAAUUAACUGGAUUCAUGAAGGACUUAUUUUGCUGCUCAUUAAUGAUUUGUAACCAAAUAUCCAAAUCUAAGGUCCAGAUAAUAAAAAACAAAGCUUCUUAAACCUGCUGGUGUUGGUGCUUUACAUGGUUGCAAAUGUCACAAAACAGCGGCGAGUCAUUGUGCUCGCUGCUGAGGAGAGCAGAGGAAGUGUGUCGCCAGGAAGCAGACGGCUGGUUGUUAUAUGGGCGUGACGGUUGAGGUGUUCUUGUAUUGUUUGUAUUUUUUGUUUGUGUUACUGUUACUGUAAGUGAUGGUUCUUUAUGUCAGUGGGCACGAAGGAAAAACCUGUGCUUAGUGAGAUAUCUGUGGCCCUCUCUAGUGUCUCUUUCACCCCCCAAACGUCCUAAAUCAGUCCUCUGCACACAGGAUGUUACAGGAUGUUAUCUCCUGAUCUCUUCUGUGAAAGCUCUUUAAAUUGUCCUGCCCUCAAACUUUAUAGUCACUCUGAACAUAAACUUUAAAUCCGUGUCUGCUUUAUGCAGCUUGUCUUCCAUGAGACUCUUUUCCCCCUUUUUUUUCUUUCGACCUUUUGGCUCCAGCUCGUGUUCAGGUCCUCUGUGGUAGAAAGCCGAGACAAUGACUCCUGGAUUUAUCAAUGUAGCCCUCGUGAAAGAGGCACAAACUGUUGUUUGGCUUCAAAAAACAUCCCACUCUGCUCUCAUUUGGCUACGCGGAUUACUGGCCAACCAACUUGAACAGGAUUAAUGGAGAAGAAGGAAUUCCUUUUGUAAAGUAAAGAGCGGCGAGUAAACCAAGGACUCUACCAGAGUAAUAUAUCUGACAUUUCCAUUAGCGUGAGCCGCCAAAGCUCUCACUGAGCGAGUUUAUAAUCUCAAUCUUGUGGUUGUCAAAGUAACUCACUUUUGCAAAUAGAAGUUUAAAGAUGCUUGGUGUAUCUGCGUAUCUGCAGAGGAACUGAAAAUUUGGCUCUAUCACUGAGUAUCAACCACUUCUACAUAAAUGUAGGGGUGAUUUUAAUCAAUCUUUGCUUAGUAUAAUAGGUUCUGUGUUUCUUGUAGUCAGAUUCGCAUGCCUGUGUGAAUGUGGAGAUAAAGAGCACAACUUUUUUUUUUUGCAAAACCACAAGUGUUACGUGUGAAAAACUGACUCUGAUCUCGAGUUUGCACAAAACAGACCCACUAAAUAACCUUCUGUGCUCUUUAGAGAGAAAGCGUGGGCUUGUGCAAAUUUGAUUCUUGUAUUAAGUCAGAGUAUAAGUGGGAUACGGGAUGCAUCUGCGGUUAAUUAGAAUUGGGAAGCACAAGCCUCGUGGACAGAAGCUCUUCCUGCCUUCUCUACUGAGCUCUAAACAAAUUAGAGGUAGACAAAAAAGACAAGAGCUGUGCUUUGUUAUUGGAUUACAUCUGACAUGCUCCCCUGAGGGUAUAAUUUACAGGAUACUAAAAGGCUCAGAGAACUAAAACAUGAAAAAAUGUGUUUGUUUUGUACUUAUCUCCUAACAGGGCGGCUGGAAGAGGAAAGGGAUUUAGAGGCAGUUUGGAGAAAUAGAGUUUUGCAAAGAUUACCCUGAGCUCCGGUCACGUACUGUCCUUCAUGGAGAUUUAAUGUGCUUUUCUUGGGUCUUCUAUCAUGUUUUUUUUGUCUUCAUCUUAAUCCUGUCAGCACAAAUGGGAAAUAUGUGCUUUCAAAACAUGUACAAGCAGUUGCCUUUUUGGUAUGCACCUGGGGGCAGAGGUUAGUUUGAAAGCAGGUGAGGAAGAAAGCAUCGUAGCAGCACCAAAGUGAAUUAGAAACAGAGGUUUGUCUAAAAACGUCACCAAGUUUUUAGCAAGUGCUGAUAUGAAUCAUGCAUGUAAAACAGUAAGCUACCUUUACACACCUACUUGUGUGCGUGGAAGUAUCAGACUUGUUAGACUUUCUUUGGUAGAAAGAAAAACAGAGUGAAAAUAAGCCACACUGAGGCAAAGCUAGGUUUGCGUUUGCUUCUGCUUUGACUUUAAGAACCUGUUUGUGUUCCUGAUCCUUUACUGUCAUAGUGAGAAACUCAUCUUGGUGUGCGCUGCUUCUCUUCUGUGUAUAAAAAAAGAAAAACAAUCCCCAUCAGCAGUACUUGUUUCAUGUGCAGAAGCAGCCGAUUGAUAAGGAGACGUGCUCCCUCAUAGAUUAGCAAUCUUUACCACAUGCCAGAUUUGCACUGUGACACAACGUUAUCAUCAAGGAGACAGAGUCUCAUAAAGCACUGGAAUACCGGGGACUCGGUUGGAGACAUUUAUCCUCUCAGCGGUGGUGGACCUGUGGGUUUGCAGAGCUAUCAUCCCCUGGAAGGUGAUCUCACUAACCGAAUUUCCUCUUUUGGACUUCCUGUGGUGAAAACAAUUGUGAUGUUGUUGCUAUGAGGAGACAACACUCAGUUUCUAAGGAAACACUGAAGAGUGCACAGGCUUCAUUUGCAACACCAGGGGCGACAUGUUCACAUAGCGACUGCAGAAGUGCUUUUACAUUGUAGAGUUUUAUUGGUCUGCAGCCACAAUGGCUCCUUUCCCGGUCACUGUGCUGAACGUGUUUGAGGUUUAAGCCCUGCUGUUUGUACAGUACGAUGCUGCUGUUGCUGUUUGUGCUGUUUGUGCUGAUUUUCAUUCAAUCUUUGAUUUCAUGUUUUGAAGUUGAAGAGGAUGUGAACACAGUAUCUGUCUUUUUUCAACCAAACAAAACCACAAAACUUAGCAAAGGAAGAGAUUUAAAAAAAAACUGUCACACUCUGGUGAUGCCUGGACUCACGUAAACGUAUCGGCUCAUUUCCGUUCUGGUCUGUUUGUUAACCACAAAGAUGUUUCAGUUAUGAGUUACCAGAUAAAAAAAAAAAGGUUCCCAUCUCAACGUGAAACUUAACUUUUUUUUUGUUUUGUUUCUUUCUUCCUCUUGCCUUAUCGAAUCCACGUGUAGGCAGCAAGCCAAACGGAUCAGUGAGCCCUUUCCUUUAUGUGACGAAUAAACUACGAUGUCAGUGAGGCUACAACCGUGUGAACACGUUGACUCCCUUCCUACGUGGGUGGUCAGGGCAGGAAGCACACUGCUUCAUGUCUCCCUCAGCUCUGGCGGAGGGAGACAUGAAGCUUCGUCACAGUUUCCAUGCUUGUUUGUUAAGUGGCUGCUCUUGGCAUCCUAACAUCUUACUGCAGACGCCGUGCUGAUAGCAGCAAUGUUCAGGCCAACAGGCAGUCGGUAAAAAGCGGGAUGUUUGUGAUGCUGCAGAGAUGAUUUCAUUGUGGUUUAACGGUAAUCUGAAGCUACCAUUACUGCUUUGGUCAAACUUAAAGAGAGAUCUGCUUUAUGUCUGUGAGCCAAAUACCCUAUCCUGUCUCCUAAUAAUACCACACAUCACAGGACAUCGUCGGGAAGAAAUUUGUCUCCCAAAUUGAGCUUUGAAUCUUCAUUAUCUGCCUGCAGUCUGAGUCACGGUGCCAGACUCUCACCCCACUGACAGAACUCUAAUGAGGCUUUUGGACCACAUUUAUAUCUCCAGCUAUCCGCUGCAGCAGCCUGGGAUGAAAAACAACCGGUACCUUUAGUCAUGUGUGUGUUUGGGCCUGUUAGCAUACUGUGUUAACCUGCCAGGAGGGCUGUGCCAUGUGAUCCUAAUGAGUGUGGUCGCACUGAGCGUGUGUGCUGCUGCUGCUGCCACUGCUGCACUUGCCUCGUGGUUCAGAGAGGCUGAUUUGAUCUUUUCUGACGGCCCAAACUGUUCCCCUGUUCGCUGUCUCGAUUCAAAGAAAUCUGAAGAAGACCAAAUGAAAGUUGUCCUCUUCCUCUUCAUGUGUGAUACAAACUCGUUUUUCUCCCAUUAAAUUUCAAGUAUUUUUGUCUCACAAUAACAAAUUAAAGAAACAAACACUAAAAGGGUCAUGAAUUAGUGACAAAGUUUAUUUCUAAGUCCUUCAUAUAACACUGAUUGGACUAUUUAAUGAGUACUUACUAUAAUGUUUUAGAGUGUGAGCAGUGUUUGCACAUGGUCUAAGGGAUUUAAUACAAGCCUUCCUGUUUACAAAGUGUUACCCAGGCUUAUACUGAACGGAUUGUUAGUAUUAUGCGGAUCAUGUUAAGAUUUCUGUAAACUGAAGGGUUGUUUUAGUGGCUGUAGGAACAAAAAAACUGCUUUUCUUUUCCUCUAAAGACACAUUUUUUAUGGUGUGAAGUGAAUAGAGUGAAUAAAGAGGACUUUCAUUUCCCUGCAGGUAUCCUCUUCUCCACUCUGGUGUUCGGGCCGGCCUGUGGCUUCAUCCUCGGCUCCCUCUGCACCAAGUUUUAUGUGGACGCUAUCUUCAUUGACACCAGUGAGUUCAGCUCAAGUGUUUGUAUUGAUGUGUUUCUGCUGAAUGCGGCGUCCUGAAUCCUCCGUUUCUCUGCACAGGUAAGCUGAACAUCACCCCUGACGACCCUCGCUGGAUCGGGGCCUGGUGGGCGGGCUUCCUCCUGUGCGGUGCCUUACUCUUCUGCUCUGCUAUCCUGAUGUUUGGCUUCCCUCAGUCUCUGCCGACAAAAGAGAGAGAGGAAGGAGCGGAGAGCGAGCAGGUUAUGCUUCCUCCUAGUCUCAAUUCAGAGUAUGAGACUCCAAAGUCCAGCAACGGGCUUGUUCGCAACCACGAGCCUGCCAACGGCGCCACCUGCUGUCAGCAGCUUAGGGGUGAGUGUAUGAGGUCCACCAUUUUACUGUAGUGUUAAAAUAAAGUAAAAAAAAAAAACUUCUGUUGGUUUUAAAUCAUUUUAAAUAUUUUCCACAUGAGUCUCUUUAUUUUUUAUUAUCUUACAUGUAUUUUUGAAGCGUGACUUUAAUACUUCCAGAUUUAGUCCUGAAUCAUUCAAAUAAAAUCCUAUCAGACAUAAAAUACUGUGCUUAAAAUGUUGCUCAAUGGAAUUAUUUUUAAUUAUUUAAAAGGAAAAUUACUUAUUCUAUUAUUUACAUUAUAAUUAUAACCUGCUUUACUGUUUUAAAUGGAAUCAUUCAUUGUAUAAGACUAGAAAAUAAAAGCUUUAACAACAUUUUAUUACUUUCGUUGUUUUUUUUUUACAGCUUGUAUUCACUUAAUAAUUUUUUAAAGCUAGAAUCAAAGUCAUAAAGGCAACAAGACAGGAGGUCUGCUCACGCUCAGAUAUUAAUGAUCAUUUUUCUUCAUUUGCUAGUGAUCCCCAAGGUGACCAAGCACCUCCUGUCCAACCCUGUGUUCACCUGCAUCAUCCUGGCUGCCUGUAUGGAGAUUGCUGUGGUGGCUGGUUUUGCAGCCUUCCUGGGAAAAUACCUUGAGCAGCAGUUCAACCUUACCACCACCUCAGCAAACCAGCUGCUAGGUCUGUCUGCUCUGCAAAAAAACACAAACACUUUUGUGCUGUGCACCUUUUUCUUACAAUAGAGGAUUUAACUGCUUUUAUUUUGAAAGGUAUGACUGCUAUUCCAUGUGCGUGUCUGGGGAUCUUCAUGGGCGGCCUGCUGGUGAAGAAGCUCAACCUGUCGGCCCUCGGAGCCAUCCGCAUGGCCAUGCUGGUCAACCUGAUCUCCACAGCGUGUUAUGUCUCCUUCCUGUUCCUGGGCUGUGACACGGGUCCUGUUGCUGGGGUGACCGUCAAUUAUGGCAACAAGUAAGAAAACAUCUGGAGGUCAUUUUAAAAAAGAUUAAAGUUAGUUAGAUACAGAUACAUAUUUUAUUCUCCUUUUAAUCUCUGAGUUAAACAGGAGUUUGAUUCGAGAAUUGGAACGAUCAGUCUUUACAGCAGCUCAGCUCAGCAGGGGUCAGAAACAAAUGUCUUUGUUUUUUCAGAUUAACAGCUCUAAAUAAAGAAACUCUUGUGCAGACAAGAAAAUAGAAGAAUAGAUUAUAAAGGAUAACCAGCAGAUCACAGGUGUGGUAAAUUGGAAGUGUAAAUUAGUUUUAACACCCUCGGUUGUUAAUGACACUUUUAGUCUUAUCAUGAGGACACAACUAUUCUAAUAGAUAAAUAAAUAUGAGCUGAACCUCUGUUGCCAAGGUUACGGGGUUUUAUCAGAGGUGAACAGCAGAGGAUCUAAAUGUGAAAAUAAAAAUUCUUAACAGCACAGCUGGUCAUUGGGGCACAGAGGACUCACUUUUUAUUCCAACAAUUUUGUGUCAUCGAAUCGAGUCUAUAAAAAGAUUUUCUAUUCAGUAAGUGGCCUCAUGGUGCUCUGGGCGGCGCGCUCUGAAUACAAAUAUAACAGACUGAUUCAUACGCAAGUCCUAUCAAAGAGUUCGCCGGGAUACCUAAUUCACUUUAAACCUGGUGAUUAAUAAACUACAGUAACUAUGAUCAGAGUUAUGAGCCAAAGGUAUUUAAUAAGAUCUUGUGUGAUUACUCAUGAUGAAUUACCCUCCAUCUGCUUUGUCAUUGAAGCCUGUUUUUUGUCUGCAGCUGAUAAACGGUUAUCAUUUAACAAUUUCAGUGACAGCAAAGAACCCAUCUGCUACCCACUACCAAAAGCUGUUCCUACUAACUACUGUGGACAAAUCUUUUAAAUCUGUAAUGACUUUCAUCCAAAAUAAUGAUUAAAAAUAACAACCAUAUUGAUCAGUGCCGGUUCCAGUGCUUCAGAGCUGUCCUUGCAUCAAAGUGCAACAUAACUGAAGCUGAAAGAAAAGACUAACUACUAUGGUAAUAGACAACAAAGACGGGUUUCAGAGUAAUCUUUAAUGCAAAAUUAAAUUAAAUCAAAAAUCUAAAAUUAGUGCACAACUGUGUCUUACAGUCAUAAAACAGAGAAGUGAGUGAAGCUACUUUUAAUCCCAUGACCUUUAGCUAGCACAUUUUUCAGUCUUCUUAACCAUGGCACUGUCAGAUAUCAAUCCAUAACAUUAGCAUUCAAGGGUCUUUCAUUCAAAGUCAGAGCUGCACAGCCUGAGUUCAAGUGCAUGUGCAGGUUUCUUUUUCCCACUGUGAAUAAUAAGCCUAAUUUACCCCUAAAACCAACAAUUUAUCAAAGUGUGUGAUAAAGUAACACUUUUGCACAAACGAAACACUGACUUUUUAUCAGGUUUUACUACUUUUGGACUUUCUUGCCUGAAUCCGGUGCAGUUUCCAUGGAGAUGUUUGAAAAGUGAACAACAGGCCAGGGGUAUCUUUGAGAGAGGGCAGGGAUUGCUCUUGUGGUUUUGUUUGUACAGAUACAGCUCUUACCUCCAACAGAGACUGAUCGAGGUUUCCAUCUGUGUUUCUGUUCAGGACUCUGCAGAGGGGCGAGAAACCAGACGCUCAAUGCAUCAGUCACUGCAACUGCUUCACUUCCUCUAUCAGCCCUGUGUGUGGAUCCAAUGGAGUCACCUACCUGUCUGCCUGCUUCGCCGGCUGCACCCGCACAGGAAACGCUCAGACUGUAUCAAACACUUCUCAGGUCUUUAUCUUCAAAUCAAUCUCUGCUAACCUACUUAAGAGAAUUAUGGUCACAGAUCACCGUUUUAGUUUGUCUUGAUUUUUUACCUGCUCGUUUGAGAAGGGUAGCUUUCUGUAGUUUGUCAGAAAAGGCCUUUCAUAGCUCUUUCCUCAGCUUCAACAUAUUAGCCAAUCAUGCAUCACUGGGGUUGUUUCUUGAUCAGAUGCACCGAUGUGCAGAUUAGAAUGUUCUAUAUUCAAAUCACAUGCAAAGAGUAUUUCUCUGAGCACCGAAUAUCUCCACUACUGCUGCCUCACUGCAGCAGAUUCAGCAGUAAUGCUGUGCAGAUGGAGGAUCACAGAGUUCCUCUGCAUCUACACAGAGUACUGUGUAUUUCAUGACUUGCAUGCAUUUUGUUUACCUGGUAUAGUUCACCUCCUGAAUGAACCACCCCUUGUUUUGUUUUUUUCACUGCAGAAUUUGACAGGAUGUAGCUGUGUUUCUGCUGAGAGUGAAUUAGCUACAGCCGUUCCAGGGAAAUGUCCGACAGCAGGCUGCCAGGAGUCUUUCCUCAUCUUCCUGUGUGUGAUCUGUGCCUGCAGCCUGGUCGGAGCCAUGGCCCAGACUCCCUCUGUUAUCAUCCUGAUCAGGCAUGUUGUGAAUAUAUAAUCAUAUUAGCAUGUGUGUGCACAGCAGGGCAAUAAAAACAAUUAAAAGUAACGUAUUUUUUUCUGCUUCUCUUGAAGGACUGUGAGUCCUGAACUGAAAUCCUAUGCACUUGGAGUGUUGUUUCUUUUGCUGCGACUGCUUGGUAAGAGCUUUUGAAAACCUUUAUCAGUUGAAGCAUCCUGUUUUAUAUACCCAAGGUUAGGGUUAGGGUUGCAGAGUUUGCUGAGGUUCAUUGCACAAAAGAAAUAAACGCAUAUGUGGGUGUUGGAGGAGCGAUGAAAUGACCGAAGUCUUUCAUGCCGACAGUAUUAUAGAAGAGACGAGAUCAAGACGAGAUUUUUGAUUUGGAGCAACAGAAAAGACUAAAUCUGAGAAUAAAAAUGGAAAUGAUAAGAGCUGCUGUUUGGUUUUCCUGAUUUGUUGGACCAAUCCAUUCAUGUUAAAUUCAAAAUAUCUUUUAUUGAAUUUCCAUAUGAAUUGAAUACUAAGACUCCUGCAAGCUAUUGUUGUUUUUCAGAGGAGUACUUGGAGAUUAGGGAAAUUGCCCCAAUGCUUUCUUGUCAACAGUCUCUGCACAGUCUCUUUAUUUUAAGCCAAGUCAACAGACUGCAGACCAGCUGCAUGUAAACAGCAUAGGAGGCUGGUGCAGUUAUCCUUCAAGUCUGGACGAGCAAAUACUCAGACUUACACAUGACAAACUCUGUUAAGAGCAAGUUUAAUAUUGAUCCUUAAAAUGUCAACGUGGUUUAAUCAGGUAGGUGUUGUCUUAUUGCUUCAUUAAAAGGCUUUGCAGAGAAAUAGCUGUGUGAAAAGAAAAAAGUAUCUCUUCACUCAAUCCAACCCACUGAGCAGUUGAUGGCUACUUGACGUCUUUUUUUUUAACCUAAUUUCAACUGUCUAGAUUCUGUAUAUUUUUAGACAGAAUUUUGACGUUGCACUUUAAUCCAUUGUUUGAUAACUAUUCAUUUCAAAAAGCAACUGUGAGUUGCAUAACUGAUCUCCAAGUACUUAACCCAAAUAAUGAUGAUAGCCGUUAGAGUAGUAUAGAUAUAGCCCAGAUUUAGACUUGGUCUAAAUUUAGACAUCUAAAAACACUUAUUUUAAGACCUGUGCUAGCCUGAUUUUAGACCAGUCCUCUAGCUUACAUUUAGACAUCUGUCCGACCUCUUUUGGACCAAAAAUGCUCAGUGGGAAAGCUAUGAUGAGAUGAGGGUAUAGCAUACAAAAAGUUAUCGAGAAAAGUUUUAAAAUAAGGGUAAAAAAACUGUCCAAAUGUUCAAAAAAAGUAGUUUUCAUCAUGGUUGUAGUAAGUUUUAUGAAGCUCAGUUUAUUUUGAUACUCAUUCAGUGUUUCUGUCCUCCAGGCUUCAUCCCCCCUCCUCUAAUCUUUGGUGCUGGGAUCGACUCUACUUGCAUUUUCUGGAGUUCGGACUGCGGGGAUAAGGGUGCCUGUCUGCUGUACGACAACGUGACUUACAGGCAUCUGUACGUUAGCCUCGCCAUCAUCCUCAAGGGCGUGGCUUUCCUCCUCUACACCACCACAUGGUAUUGUUUACGCAGGAACUACAAGAAGUACAUCAAAACUCAUGAGGGUCACAUGACGCCCACUGAGUUCUACCCCUCCCUCACGGAAGGUCCCAAACUAGUGGACAGGACAAAGUUUAUAUAUAACCUGGAGGACCACGAGUUUUGUGAAAAUAUGGAGUCAGUUUUAUAGUUUAUUACACGAGAAAAAGACAAUGUGGAUAUUUAUACUCUCUCAAAGGAUUAUUUGACGAGUUUACUCUUCUCUUGAAAAGAAGAAAUAAAUUUCUUUUUUUCGAUGAAGGCAAUCUAUAAAACACACAAACGUGGAGGUGGUUCCACUUCCUGGGUCAACUUUCAAAAGGGUCCAUUUUAGUCGUUUACCAGCUAGGUGUUGAACUCCUGUGUCGACUCUGGUGGUGUAGAUGACAUCUACCGCACUGUUUCGUUCACCUCUAGCUGAUCAUUUGCAAGUGGACAUGAUGUUACUGCGACUGUAGCUGCCAUAUUUGUUUAGGUUUAUCAUGAUUCCUGUGGGUCGCGUGAAAAAGACAGUUUCCUUUCAGUCAGUGCACUGUGUUCUGUCUGUCUCUCACUGAAAAAUGAGAUUUCUAUCAUUAAAAAAGUCUGUUGGUUCUUCCAUGAUUCAUACAUAUUUAAAAGUUGCCAAGUGUUUACAAACUAAUACUGUAGUUUUAUUUCAGUGCAGGAAGGUUUCUCAUGAGAAGAGAACAGGAUACCCAGACCGGGUUAUUUUAGUGGCCUAUUAGAUGUUUUAAAUGUUCAAAAGUUCAGUCUAAAAAACUUUAAACAUGAUAGUUUUUAUAUCAGGAUGCAUCAGUUUGUCGUUCUUUUGCUGGAUAACAGGCGCUGUUUUUGAUACUGUUUAGACUAGACUGUGAGGUCUUGUCUUUUAGGUGAUCAUGUGCAAUUUGUGUCUGAUAUGUCCAUGACUUUCACUAGUAUUGAGUCAGACAGCAGGUUUGUUUCUCAUAAAUAGCAUUGUGUUUCAUUUCCAUGUUUGUUUCACAUCUGCAGAGUUUAUUCAGCCUUAUAUGUCUUAAUAAGGGAUUAUUCAAAGAAGAAUGUUCAUUGUAUUUUCUCUCGGCUUUUGCACCCGGUGGAAGAGCGACGAUGAAAAUCAAUGAUGUUUUUGUGUGUUUGGAAUUCAAGAAAAAGAAAAGUAAUAUAUUUGUUUCUUUAGGCCCAGGAUGUUUUAAUAGAUUGUAUUUGAGAGGAAACUAUAAACUAUAUAUAAUCUAAUUAUUUGAGACGUGUGUGUUUGAUGUCACAGAAGAUUUGGGACAAUUCAUAGAAAUGAAAGUAGCAUGUUGUGUUAUAAGGAACAAAAUCUGUCUUCAGACUAGGCCUGUUAAAUCUGGGUUACUGAAAUGGUACGGGGAGCUGUGUGUGCAACGUCAAAGAAAGUAAACAUCAUCAAGAACUCACUGGAUCUAUUCCUGGUUUUGUUUUUAAGGAAAUCUUUCACAUAAUGCAGCACAUGCGACCUGUUACUCUACUGAUCUCUGUGGUUACAGUUUUGACAUUGUCCCUUUUCUUACUCUUUUUGUAUGGCAACAUAUGGUUUAUUUUACUCUUGAAAUAAAUUAUUUUUCAGAAAACAAAUUAAAAA